AUGUCUUCCAAGUCGCCGCUCCCCGGGUCACACCCGCCCGAGCUUGUCGAUGAGAAGAAAAUUGACUUGCCAAACGCCAAAAAUGUUGCCACCUUUGAGACUGUGAAUUCAAGCGAGCUUUCGGGCUCGGAGGACAACGAAAUUGACAAAGACAACCCAUUCAACACACCGGCGAAUGUGGAACACUGGAAAGAGGUCUACGACAAGGCGGAGUACGAAUGUCGUCACGUCUUCGACCCCACCCUUACAUGGACCGAGGAAGAGGAGAAGGCCAUCGUGCGGAAGCUUGACUGGCGAGUCUGCCUCUGGGCUUGUGUCAUGUUCUUCGCUCUGCAGGUCGACCGCGGCAAUCUCUCGCAAGCCUUGGCCGACAAUCUUCUUGACGAUCUCAAAAUGAAUACCAACGACUACAACUUUGGCAACGUCGUGUUCUUGGUCUCGUUCUUGCUCGCUGAGCUGCCGUCGCAGCUCGUGUCCAAGAAAAUAGGCCCGGACCGCUGGAUCCCAAUGCAAAUGGUGCUAUGGUCCGUUGUCGCUAUUGCGCAGUGCGCAAUUACUACGAGGUCGGGGUUCCUUGCCACACGAGCCUUGUUGGGUCUGUUGGAGGGCGGCUUCAUCCCCGACAUUGUUUUGUGGCUUUCCUACUUCUACACAUCCCGUGAGCUUCCCAUCCGUCUCAGUUACUUCUGGACCGCUCUCUCGGUGACGACCAUUAUCACCUCUUUCCUGGCAUUUGGUCUCCUGCGACUCCGCGGAGUCAAUGGCUGGGCCGGGUGGCGCUGGCUUUUUAUGGUAGAAGGUCUCAUUACCCUGCUUAUUGGGAUCGCCUCCUUCUUUUUGAUGCCUGCAUCUGCCGUUCAGACCAAAGCGUGGUUCCGACCCAAUGGCUGGUUUACGGACCGCGAGGUGGCCAUCGUGGUCAACCGGGUGCUGCGUGACGACCCUUCCAAGGGCGACAUGCACAAUCGGCAGGCCAUCACGCCACGGCGCCUGUGGCGGGCCAUGAAGGACUACGACCUCUGGCCAGUCUACGCCCUCGGCCUCGUCUGCUUCCUGCCACAGAUCCCGCCCUACUACUAUCUCACCUUGACGCUGAGGUCAAUAGGCUUUAGUGCCAUAACAACCAACCUCCUCACCAUCCCCUCGGCCGCAAUGCACAUCAUAACCCUGAUUUUGAUAACGAGACUUUCAGAACGUCUUAAUGAGCGCACAUUUGUAUCCAUGCUUCAGUCGUUCUGGACGCUUCCCUGUGUAAUUGCGCUUCGGUGGUGGCCGGGCAUCAUCAAGGACCAGUGGGGCACGUUUGCGCUCGUCACGGUCCUGCUCUCUUACCCCUAUUGCCACGCGAUUUUGGUCGCCUGGGUUUCGAAGAACUCAAAUAACGUCGGCGCGCGAACCGUGUCAGCUGCGUUGUACAAUAUGUGUGUGCAACUCGGAAACUUGACGGGCAACUUCAUCUACGUCGACUACGACAAGCCGCUGUACAAGGACGGCAACACCAAGCUGGUCGUCAUCAACCUUCUCUCAAUUGGCCUGUUCCUCUUCACAAAGGCAUAUUAUGUCUAUCGCAAUAAGCAGAAGAGGAGAGUCUGGGAGGCCUUGACCGAGCAGGAGCGGAUUACCUAUGUCCGGACGACAAGGCUGCAGGGCAGCAGGCGCCUUGACUUCCAGUUUGCGCACUGA